UUUGCCGGGAAAAAGCCGCUUUAUUUUGCCGGGAAGGAUAUGGCAUCGAAGAGAGAAAAGGGUUUUUGGAAUCGAAGACGAUGGAUGGAUGGAUGGACGUAUAGGUUGGUGGCAGAAAAGUGUCUACUGAUUGUACUGGCAGGCGAUUGAUCGUCGCAAUCGUUUGUUUGCUCGUCCUCUCCUCUCCUUUUCUGGAUCUUUUCUCCUUCCAUUCGGUGUGUUGUGGUGUUGGGCGAUGGCGUGAGCGAGUGUGCGUUGCAGUAAUCGGUCCCUCCUCUCGACCCACCUUGGUAUCUCGAGCUGGGAUGAAUCAGAGCUACUUUGGCAGGGACAAGGUCAUUAGAUAGAUCCAAGCUUGGGUUUUAUAAAGGGAAAUGUGGCAUGGAGGAUGGAUAGAUAGAUCACGGGCGAUGGAUUUGCUUAGAUGCCUGACCAGAUCGCUUUGGAGCGUCGCUAUCCUGGAUUUAAAUGGGUGGUGUUUCUCUUUCACUCCUUUUGGGCCACAGUGAUAUCCCCUUUAGCACAUGAACAGGCCAUGAACAGUCAGUCGCUUGUCCCACUGUUCGUGCUCGCCUCUGCCAUGGGUCAAGGAACCAGGAAAAUCAGGUUUUGAUGCUACUUCAUGGCUAUGGAGGCUGGGAUUAGAUCGACUAGUUCCAUUCCAGGGUCUUGGCGCGAGUAGCGAGAGAAAAAAUCCACUUUUUCUUCGAUCUCCAAGAGGAAUGCUGCUACUCUCGAGGAGGGUAUGUACAUGUCUAUAUCGACACCUUCGCGGCGGCAGUAUCAGAAUGGUUGCCCCUCCGGCACCAGUGGCAGUGGCAGCAAGCUCAAGAACGUAUCGGUCACGGUGAGCUUCGCGCUUGUUCUCGUGGGUUUGUCACUGCUGGUCUACGUGAGAUCGUUCCUGGCACUUCGCGACGCGUCCGGGCCGGUGUCCUCGAUCCCCAUCGAUGCCUUGCCGGUGGUGAUCGCUCUCGCGCAGCGCCAGUACUCACACUCGCGGACGUUCGAGAAUGUGAGCGCCAGCCCCUCGCCCAGGAGAAGAGAUGGCGAGCGAGAAGGUCACAAUGGCAGCUUCCAUGGUGGGCGAUCCACAAGCUCGUGGGAGAAUGCCUCUAUUCCUCCAUUGGGUGGAGGUGGCGGGCGAGAAGAUCACAAUGGGAGCUUCCAUGGUGGGCGAUCGCGAUCCAGUAGCUCGUGGGAGACUUCCUCUAUUCCUCCAUUGCGUCGUGACAAUUCGGGCAAUUCGAGCGCUCCAUCGCCCGUGAUCAGCAGUGGCGUCGAUCUCCAGGAGCUCCUCGCGAUUCCGAGCGGCGCCCAGCGGCGGGAGUGGGUCAAGCGGCACUGGGCGAGCAUCGAGAUCUUACACUCGGACGAGAGGUCAGCGCAAUUCUCCCAGAGAAUCAAAGCCUUCCUCAAGGUGACGGCGCACGAUCAUCACCACCACCACCAUCGGCACUGCGCGCCACACUUCUUCCUUGUCUGGAUCUCCGCGGUGGAGUCCUACGGCCCGCGCGAGCGCCGCUGCCUGGAGAGCAUCUUCAAGCACCACCCGCGAUCCUGCGUCGUGAUCGUCUCGCGAUCGCUCGACACCCCCCAAGGCGAAGACCUCCUCGCCCCUCUCGCCAAGCUCGGCUACCGCGUCAUGGCCGCCGCGCCGGAUCUCCCAUUCCUCUUCGGCUCCACGCCCACGGCGGCGCAGUGGCUCAAGAACCUGCGACGCGGCGCGAUCGAUCCGGGCGAGAUCUCCUUGCGGCAAAACCUGGGCAACAUCCUCCGGCUCCUCCUCCUCUACCGCUUCGGCGGGAUCUACCUCGAUUCCGACGUGCUCGUUCUCGGGAGCCUCGCGAAUCUCUCCAAUUCCAUCGGCGCCCAGACCGAGGAUUCGGUCACCGGGGAGUGGCAGCGGCUAAACAACGCGGUGCUCGCGUUUGAGCGGCGCCACCCCGUCCUCCAUAGCUUCAUCCACGAGUUUGCGUUGACUUUCAACGGGAGCAAAUGGGGCCACAACGGGCCGUACCUGGCCACGCGGGUUUUGGACAGGGCGCGGAGGACCGGUACGGUUCCGUGCGGUGUCGUUCGUACGAGGGCGCUGUACCCGGUGACGUGGAACCACAUCCCGCCGUUGUUUCGCGGCGUGGAGGGCGAGCGCGGGCGGGCAUGGCGGGAGGAGAAGCUGCGAUGGCUGAGAAGCGGUGAGUCACUAGCGAUCCAUCUCUGGAACAAGCAAACCAGGGGAUUGCGAGUGGAGCGCGGGAGCGUGAUGGAGGAUUUACUUCGCAGCCAGUGCGUGGUUUGCGAUGAUCGCGACGAUGGCCAUCAUGAUCUUCCGCAAGGUAUAGAGAGAAUGCGAUAGAUUUGGAGACUUGGGCUUUUAGAUCGAGUGGGAAUAAAACAGCAAUGAUCGCCAUGCA